UGGCCCUCAGAGUUUUCUGGAUUGGAAGUUAUCGUCAAUCGAGAGACCCCAAGUCAUCGAGACCCUGGAGCAUUGCCUCCAUUUUAUGACCUUUUGGUGAGCCUUGGCAAAGCUCACCAUGCCAUACUAGCUCUGCCAGAUCUGGGUGCCGAGCUAGCAUAUCCCCCUGGCACUAUGGUUUACAUUUUAGGAAAGGUGCUGGAGAAUGGGGUGCCGAAGUGGGGUGAUGGGGAGAGAAUUGUAAUUGCC